GUGAUAUGGUGACGUCACGUUAGCGACUGUAGCAGUCAGGAGGUACAAAACGCAAUGAAAGUUAGCCGCUGUUCAGCUAAAGUGAACAUUUUCUGUAUCUAAUAUUCUUCAACAUGCUACUGUUCAAGCCGUAGGGUAACAUAGCGGCUAUUGGAUUGGUAUGUUUUGUCAAGUCGCAUGAGUGAACGCUGAAGAUGAAUGCUCUGGUGGCUCUCUGUCAUUUCUGUGAGCUCCAUGGCCCUCGGACACUGUUCUGUACAGAAGCUUUGCACCCUCCGUCCCCGUCGCCUUCGUCCUCGCAGGCAGGCGCUGCAAUGCCCGGCGACAGAGAUGCUGACCGGGAGGGUGAAGGACUCACCAUGAGGGCCAACAGCUCAGCCACACAGAGAGGAGAGAUGUGCGAGGGGUGUCGCUCCCUCCCUGCACAUCACCCGGGUUUCAUGAGCAUUGACGACGAGACGGGCAUUCGCUUUCUGAGCCACCAGCAUCCACGGCAGCCGCAGCUCUUUAGCGUAGUGCGCCAGGCCUGCGUGCGCAGCCUCAGCUGUGAGGUAACUGGUGACGUGUGUCCCGGGCGUGAAGGGCCAAUUUUCUUUGGGGAUGAGCAACACGGUUUUGUAUUCUCGCACACCUUCUUCAUUAAAGAUAGUCUGGCCAGAGGAUUCCAGCGCUGGUACAGUAUCGUCAUGGUGGCCAUGGAUAGGAUUUACCUCAUUAACUCUUGGCCUUUCCUGUUGCGGCACCUUCGACUCACCAUACAGAGCCUGCAAAGCACCGCCCUGAAGGUGUUUGAUGGCGAGCAAGGUGUUUGCCCCCAGAGAGCAGUGAGGAUGAACAGUGUCUUCUCACCUGCAGUCUUCCCACACCAAAGGAGUGGCAACGCAGCCCGGUCCCUGACAUCCCUCACGCAGCAUCCCAACCUGUGGGCCAGCCUGCACUCCUCCUUCAGUUGGCUGCUGAAGGCCUGUGGUAGUCGUCUGACAGAGAAGCUUCUAGAAGGAGCCCCCACUGAAGACACACUGGUGCUCAUAGAGCGACAGACAGAGCAAGAGGAGGAAAUGAGCUGCUGGGAAGGAGCCGAAGGGAGCGUUUCCAAACCACUGACGCACCAAUCAGACGUGGAGCUGGGCCACCACGAUGAGGCGCCCGGGCCGAGGUUUAGGUCACUGAGGCAUCUGAGACAGGUGCUCGGUGCUGCCGACUUCCGGCAGGUGGCGUGGCACGUGCUCAUGGGGAAUCAAGUCAUUUGGAGAAGCACCGACGCCGGGCUCAUCCAGUCUGCUUUUACAGUACUCAAGACCUUGCUGCCAGUGGGCUGUGUGCGUUCAGUCCCGUACAGCGCUCACUACGAAGAGGCCUACAAGUGCAACUUCCUGGGUCUGAGGCCAGAUGUGGCCGUUCCACCCCAUGUCAGCUCCUCAGAGUUUUCGGUGCUGGUGGACGUCAGCUCAGAGACGAGCUGUCAGAGCGCGUCCUCAGAAGACAACAUCUGUUCUUUUUAUCAGUUCAGCAUCAGCAGUGCCAACACGCAACCCACAGACAAAGGUCCGACGUUACUGAACAAGCUGGAGGUGGCCCUGUCCAAUGAGAACUUAUCUGUGGAUGUGGUGUCUCAUUGUCUCCUGUGUUUGAAGGAGGAGUGGAUGAAUAAAGUCAAAGUGCUGUUUAAGUUCUCCAAAGUGGACGGGCGGGGCAGGGAGGACACCCAGAAGGUCCUAGCUCUGCUCGGCGCCACCGGGCCCGGCGAGGAGGACAACGUGCGGCUACUCAAGUUCUGGAUGACAGGACUCAGCAAAACCUACAAGAGUCAUCUGAUGAGCGCCGUCCGAGGAGGGGAGAGGAGCCCCAGCCAGUGACAAAGACUGAAAGGGAAAGUGAAAGCAGGAAUUCUUUCAUGACUUCAUGGGUCAGCUGCUUGGGACUUUUUGCCAAAUUGAAUGAAGGGAUGACGCUGGGUUCAAGGACAAGUGCACUCUUUUUGGAAUUUUGCCCGUCAUCUGCAAGCCUUAUGUGAGACAUGAAUGCACAUGUCCUCUUUUCUGUGGGUUCUAAAGAUAUAAAAACAGAUAAAAACAGGCAGCUUAGAAUGCACAUAAUGGGGCGCACCUAUUCCACCUAUAAAGCCUUCUGAAAAAACCCCCCAAAAAUCACCAACAACGCUCCAUUUACAUAAUGUGACCUGCAUAUUAACCAAGCUAAAGCAACAUUGUUUUUCUUAUUGUUAUUAACAUUGUUACGCCCAAGAACUACGUUACUGGCAUAGUGACACCUCACCACACCACACCGGCUAGCUACUAGCUUCACCACACACUCGCUCACAAUGCCUCAAGCCACUAGCGAAAGGUAACGCUACAUACUGGAGCUGCCGCCCCUGCUGCUUUUUGAGUUUGGAAAAGUUAACGUUACAAGCGUUCCUUUCUAUGUUGCUUUGUGAAAUCAAUGCACCCAGGAAGGAAGUUCCGCUAACGCUUCAAAUGAGCAAAAUACUGUAAGUAUUCCAUGUUAUCAUGGACGUACCUGUUACUACAUGCUCACAGCAUGGAUAUAAAUCCAUAAAACCUUGUUGGAGCUUUUUGGAGGUGUUUAAAUAGCGGCCUUUCUCUGUGGAAUAGGUGUGUCCCAUUACUUGCAUUAGUUACCUGCCUCUUUUUACCUGUUGGCAAAAUUAUGACAAGUGAAAAUUACAAGUUAAAAAGUCGUAGUUGGGAGAUAAAAAGUCGAAGUUAUGAGACCAAAAGUCAAAAUUUUUAAAUAGUUGGAAUUAUGAUAUAGGAACGUCAUAAUUACGACAAAAAGAAAUUACAAGAUAAAAAGCCAGAAUUACAAGAAGUCGAAAUUAUGAGAUAAAAGUUGAAAUUACAAGAUAAAAAAAGUCAACUAUGAAAUAAAAAGUCAAAAUUAUGAUAUAGGAAAGUCAUAAUUAUGAGAGAAAAAGUCAAAAUUACAAGAUAGUCAAUUAUGAUAAUAUUAAAGGUCAUAAUUAUGACAUAAAAAGUCAAAAUUAUGAGAUAAAAUGUGUAAAUUACAACAUUUUAAAAAGUCAAUUAUAAAAUAAAAUGUCAAAAUUAUGAUAUAGGAAAGUCAUAAUUAGGAUUAUGACAUUAAAAAAUUGAAAUUAUGAGAAAAAAUCAAAAUUAUGGGAGAAAAGUCUAAAUUAAAAAAUAAAAAGUCAAAAUUAUGAAUUAAAAAGUCGCAAUUAUGAAUUUUUAUAUAUUUAGAAUGCACAGAAAACAGAACGACGUGUGUUCAUGUCUCAUAAGGAUUAUGGAUGAUGGGCAAAAAGCCCAAAAAACUUGCACUUUUCCUACAAAGCGCUCAUGACACCAAAACACAUGUAAACUUAUUAUUUUAGCCAUGAAAAAUGAUACUGAGGGGUAAUACUUUAUUUUCUACGUUAGAUGUGUGCUCAAAUGUUGACUUUUGUGAUGUUUUCGGCACUAAAAACGGUCUCUGGAGUCUG